AUGCCUCAAACUCGUGGACGUAGCAAUAGUAGAAAGGACAAAUCUUCUCCUGAACAAUUCAAACCCAAACGUGGACGUAGACGUGGACGAAAUAAUACACCUCAAGAAGAACAAUUUUUAACUGCUAACAGUGGACGAGGCUGCGGACGUGGACGUGGACAAAGUAACAAGAAAUCACAUCUCUUGAAUGAAAUCUUAGAAGAUAGUGAUUAUGAGGAUACAAUAGAACCAUCGUUAUCCGGACCUUUUAAUUUGUUACCUCUAAAUAAUACGGAUUUAGAAGAACUUGAUAGUGCAUUGGCUCCACGUCCGGAAUCUAGGAAUUUGAAUACAUCAACUCCUUUACGUGAAGUUCAAAGUAAUGAACUUGAAAAUUUAUCAGCUCCUCCGCGUCUGGAACGUCCAGCAUCUAGAAGUUUGAAUACAUCAACUCCUUUACGCGAAAUUCAAAGUAAUGGACUUGAAUUAUCAUUUCCUUCACGUUCGGAACGUCCAGAAUCUAGGAGUUUGAAUACAUCAACUCCUUUACGCGAAAUUCAAAGUAAUGGACUCGAAAAUUUAUCAGCUCCUCCGCGUCUGGAACGUCCAGCAUCUAGGAGUUUGAAUACAUCAACUCCUUUACGCGAAAUUCAAAGUAAUGGACUUGAAUUAUCAUUUCCUUCACGUUCGGAACGUCCAGAAUCUGUCUCUUAUACACAUCUAGAUGUGUAUAAGAGACAGAUUCAAAGUAAUGAACUCGAAAAUUUAUCAGCUCCUCCGCGUCUGGAACGUCCAGCAUCUAGGAGUUUGAAUACAUCAACUCCUUUACGCGAAAUUCAAAGUAAUGGACUUGAAUUAUCAUCUCCUUCGCGUCCAGGAUUGAGGGAUUUGAAUUCCCCAGCUUCUUUACGUUCUUUUAAUGCGUCUGCUUCUUCUACACUUCCAUCAUGUUUCAAUGACAUGGAUACGAUUUUCCAACUAGCUACUUGGCUAUGUGCGAAUCCGAAUGUUCUUCAAUUUGCUAACGCUAUAUAUUCGUCAAUGCAAACGUCGCUCGCAAAUGGGCAACAGUUCACAUCAUCAAAUUUGACAAAUCCAACAAAAUUACAAUUGCAAUCAACAUUGCAUGAAGAUAAAUCAAAGGUAAGCCGCGAUUUUUUAGAAGAGCUAAAAUGUCUCUUUCUACGCGUCAGAAAUCCUCCAAAACGUGCCCUUGAGGAAUUGGUACAACAAAUAAUCAAGUGCGAUCUCAACUCAGCUGAAGGCUUGGAAUGGUUAAGGAUCGCGAAUAGGCAAUUUGGAGAUUUCAGAAAUAAAUUUCUCGACGGGAUUGAAAAAUUGGUUGAUUCGCUUAAAGAAAAAAGAAAAGGUCAAAGUAUUCCUGAAACAAUUCUACCGUGA